AUGUUUCCAAAUUAUCAAAAUAUCGUUUCUGCUACCAACAUUACCAAUACUGCUGCAAACGUCAACGCCACAUUUGCCAUUGCCAGCGAUAACAAUAGGAAACCUUCAGUCUCGACUCCAUUAUUAAAUGAUCCUUCUUCUUUUUCUCACGAAAGCAAUAAUAAUAUUGUUUGGCUCUUGGCACGUCUUGAAAAACGUAUUGAUCAAAUGGAAAAACAUAGAAACCAAAAUAUUUUUGCAAGCAACAAUUUAUCACAAAAUAAUAUUUUCGAUAAUGGUCAUUAUCAUUAUAAUAAUAUCAGUAAUGAAGAUAUUUAUAAUCUUUUAAGUAAACUUUUUAUUCGUGUAGAACGGUUGGAAAUCAACGUUGAACGAAAUCUUGCCGA